UGGGUAUUUCUCGCUACUUUGAUGUGUAAACAUUGAUUUUCAUAAUCGUGGUGAGUCAAUAUUGACUUGGUUUUAGUAUGAAGCUAUUAAGGUCAUUCUUUGGUUAAUUGGGUCAACCUGCCGCCCGCGCUUAUCUCCCAGACUUGCCGCACUUGUUUUGAGCUAGUAAAACCUGAAUCGAUCAUCCUAUAAACCUUACGGUUUGCGACUCUUCCAUAACUGUCGCAAUCCUUCAUCCUCGGUCAACACUCCAGCGAUAGCUUCAUUUCUAUGGUCCAUUUUUUUAUCCAGCUCUUCAUUCGUCAAUCGCUAUACACAAAGUGGGAGCACGCGUCUUUUCUCUUUCUUUGGUAUUUAGGAUAAUUAUCCUCAUUAAGUUAGCAUUGUUUUCGUAUGCCGCUAAUUACAUCUACAAACAGAUUUUGCCGUCAAGCGGCAAGAGGUCGUUAUGACGAGAGACGCACGCUUUACGUUUAAGCUAGAGGAAGCUUUCAGCUGCUGGUAGUUUAGUUCAACCUUUGCCGACUGCGGAGCUUCCCUGUGUAGGAUCGUCAAUUUUUGAAUUUGCGAAGCAUCUUCAUCAAGUAGCAACGUCUCAGUUUAACUUAACGUGCUAACUCUUUCAUCUCGUGGGCGGCUCAAGGAAAGAUUCAGACGCGAGGGUGUUAUUAUUUUUGAGUAUCUUGCUUGUCCAGCGUGUUGGUGUCCUGCAUUUUUGUUCCAUCUUAAAAUGUCAUCAGGAAAGACGUCAUAUUUUGCUCUGUUUCUGAUCAUCAUCUUAUACGUGACCGCCGCUCCGUUUCCAAGCAAUGGUCCAGCAAGAAAAAUUCAAAUGUUACAAUAUAGAGUGAAAUAUUUAACUCGGGAAUUACUGAAGUGUCAGGAGGAGGACAAACUGGAUUUACAUCUGCGCUCCUUUCAAAAUAGACAAAUUACUUGUAAUGAUGGAACAACGGCUGGAUAUUACAUCAAGAGAUCGUAUGAGAGUAACAAGUGGAUUAUAUAUCUGGAAGGUGGCUGGUAUUGCUUCAAUGAUGCAUCCUGCACGCAACGUAUGAAUGUGCCGGAUAGAAAGAGUUUGACUUCAUCCAGAGACUGGUUGUCAAAGAGAAGAGGCUUCGGAAUUUUGUCCCCAAUUGCCAUGGAGAAUCCAACCUGGUAUAACGCUAAUCAUGUAUUGAUUCCAUAUUGCUCGAGCGAUGCGUGGAGUGGAAAUGUAUCUCGUCAAGAAUCAGGAGGAAAAUUUUCUUUCAUGGGAUACAGAAUCAUCAACGAGGUUAUUAAGGAGCUUUUGCCUCAAGGCUUGCUAGAAGCCAAGCAUUUACUACUAGCUGGAAGCAGUGUUGGUGGGAUUGGUGUGAUAAUGAGCAUUGAUCGUGUAGCUCAAAUGCUGUCUGCCGCUGGAUCUUCGUGCAAGGUUCGUGGUAUCUCAGACUCUGGUUGGUAUCUCGAAAAAAUUCCAGAUUUGAAGAAAUGUAAAAAUGACCCAAGGAGUUGCAAUAAGCCUUCACAGGCAAUCAGAAAAGGAAUGAGGUACUGGAAUGGUGUCGUUCCAAGUGCAUGCAGAGAAGAGUUUAAAACCGAACCAUGGCGAUGCUAUUUCGGUCACAAUGUUUACCGAACUCUAAGAAGCCCGCUAUUCAUUUUCCAAUGGCAAUAUGACCUGACACAAGUCAUAGUUAACAACCCGACAACCCAUCACGAACAAAGUUUUGGACAAGAAUUGAUAAGGAAACUUAUGAUGUUAGCCUCCGACAUGAAAACAUCGAUGAGGAAUAAUCGUUUAAAUGCGGUGUUUCUCCCGGCGUGCAUGGCACACUCAACACUUACCAACAGCGACUGGCUGUCAGUGAAAGUGAAAGGAUACACUCUCAAUCGCGCUAUAAACUGCUGGAUUAGUAAGGAUGAUCUCAAGAAUACAACACCUUCACCUAACCUGGCUUCUGCUCACUGCAAGUCCGCGUUAAUCGACGAUUGCUCGCAACCUCUAUGCAAUUCUCUCUGCCCUGCCCCCCGGAAUCCGUUCACUGGCGAAUUGUUAGCAACUCCAACCAACAGCACAAUCACACCCUCACCCUCACUUGGACUGGCGGGAAUGCAAAAUGAUCAGAAUCCGAGACAAAAUAAUGGGUAGAGACUUAAAGACAAGGAAACAGAUGUAUAAAGUUUUAUUACCGCAUUAUAACAAUAUUUACAUCUUUUAUCAAGAUGGCGUAGAGUAGAUUAUAUAUAUACAAAGUCUUAGUGGAAAUUCGCUAAAGUUUUAUGAAUUUUGCUGUGAAGUAAUGAUUGGGAUUGAAGAGGAUUACCAUUGCAGCUUGCAUUGUUAAAUCAUUAAACUUUCCGAGCAAAAAGUGUAAUCAAAAUAUCCUAAAGAGAUAAAGAAAUUAGAGUUAAUAUAUGGAAAUAAAAUAUUAGGAUUACGUAUACUGUAAAAGUCAGGUUCAUUUGGGAGUGGCGCAUUUGAAAAAAAUGAAUGAUGAUUGUCAGAGAUGCAUCGCAUGGGAGAAAUGGAAUAACAUGGAGUCGUGGACAUAGGUAUCAUUUUUCUGGGGCUUUCAACUUCUCAAGUACUUUAAUAUAAACAAAGAAAGUGUAAAUAUACAGUUUUUAUAUAACAAGAUUAUUUAUAUAUAUCUA